AUUUCGACAAAAGAGAAUCGAAGUCAGGCCGCUCUUUACCUUUGGAGAGAUUCCUGCGUACAACUUUAGUUCCUAUGGGCAAGCUGAGUGAUCCUACAUUUACGACGCUUUCAACGAAUUUUCUUGUAUUUAUGACGUCAGAUGUUCUAUCUAUACAUGAUACAAUUAAUUACAUCGCAUGGAAACCUUACUGUUGCCUUCCAAAAGGCAGAACUGACAGAACGUGUGUACCGAACAUGAUACCUGACGACGAUCCUGUUCAUAGAUUUUCUGAUAUCAGAUGCCUGAAUAUGACGAGACCUGAAAGUUUUCAGUCAAUUGGUUGCAUAAAAAAUUAUACAGCUCCGGAACGAAUAAUAACAGGCACACCGUCGUUUGAUCUGUCAACAGUUUACGGUAGUUCUUUGAAGCCUUUGUUGGAAAAAGGCCG